AUGCCUGCAGCACCGGAUUAUUGUGGUUGGGGUGCGAAACAGGGCAGUAAAGUACGUUCAUGGAAGAACCGGUACUUUGUUCUUCAUGGAUGUGAACUGGUUUAUUUUUCUGGAGUGAGGAGCGAUGGCAGUGGCGCGGGCAGUGGUGAAAAAGGUCGUCUUCAAGUGGUGGAUGUGGAUUAUACACCCGAGCGGAAGAACGGGUUAUGGAUUCAUGGAAAAGAGAAACAUCUCAUGAUGACAACAUCUAGUGUAGAGGAAAGUCGACUGCUAUUUCGUAAAAUUAAACAAGCCAUUGGAGAGCAGGAAACAAGCUUUCGACUAUCAGGAGGACAAAUGACCCAGAAGAGGUCUAUUAAAAAGCAAGAUGGAAUCCAAAAGAUAGAGAUGCUCGAUGACACGUCGUUAAUGACGCAAAAGAAAGACUUGAGAUUAGUGUGUGAAGGUUGGGUGGAAAAGCUUGGACAACGUAGCAAGAUCUGGAAGAAGCGCUAUAUGUCAUUAUUAGCGAAUGGAAUGCUGGAGUAUCGUAAGGGGAGGACCCAUGGAUCAGGUAUUGGCGGAAAUAAAGUAGGAAAACCGCAACUGCAUUCAGCUGAAAAACUUUCCGAUUUGGCAUUUCCGUCACCGACUGAAAGUCGACACAGCAAGCGUCAUCAAUUGUCGUUUGACCGACACAUGUAUGAAGACAACAAAAAGUCCAGGUCACUGUCACCAAGUGAACGAUCAUCAACUCCUUCUGAUGCCGAUCGCUUUUCUAACACUCAAGUCUCUAAGGUUGAUAAUAACCGUAUGAAGAGGGGAUGGUUGUACAAACAAGGAAGCGACACGUCGUCAUGGAUGCUGCGGUACUUUGUUUUAAGCGGAAAUACUCUUCAUCACUACAAACAUGUAAACGGGACGUCGGAGGCACUUGGAAAUGUGACUAGCGUCACUCGUAGCAAUGAGUCAACAGGGUCACUAGGUGUUCAAUUUGAUGAUGGAAGUACUCUCAACGUGUACGGUGAAACAAAAGCUGACACUGAGGCGUGGCAUACUGCUCUUUGCAAGGCAUCGCGGAAUGCAGCAGACAACACAAUGAAGAGGGAAUGCGUCUUGAGAAAAGAAGACGAAGAGAUUCACGAGGACAAUGGUUUUCACGGGUGGCUAUUGAAAAAGGGACAAAACUUUAAAACCUGGAAACGACGAUAUUUUGUGCUUGAACGCAGUCGUCUAGCGUACAGUGCGUCUGCUGGAAGCGAAAUCUUGGGCUCUGGUGUAGUGUUUGAAGUAGAGGUGGGAGAUCUCCGUCCUUUUUGUCUCGACGUUCGGUUUCAGAACGGCCGACUGCUUCAUGUCGUUGCACCAACCCAAGAAGCGUUCUUGAAAUGGUUUGAUGUGCUUCGCAAAGCAUCUAACUUGGUCGAGUCAUUUUUAGCACAAAGUAAUGGAAACGCUGUCAUUGGUGAAGAAUUUGAUAACGACAUAGGUGAGUGUGAGAAUGUAAAUGAUGUGGAUGUGGAGUUCACCGUUGAGAACAUUUCUGAGUACGAAACGACUCUACUUGACGGUGAAGGAGCUUCCUUGUGGAUUGCAGCCAUGCAAAACAAACCCGAGUACGACGCAUUAAGCAGCUCAACAUCGUCAGAGGAUUGUAACGACAACGUUGCCGAGUCUGAAAUUGUUCCACGUGUGAUUGAAGCGUCAUCAAUGACCCCAAAUGACUCACAGGGAUGUGUAGGGUGGCUAAAGAAGGAAGGCAAGAAUAUCAAGAGCUGGAAACUGCGAUACUUUACUCUCUACGGGUCAAAGCUGAGUUAUUAUAAAAGCAAAAAGGGCUCUCUACUGCGUUCUGUCAACGUUGUGAAUGUUGCUGUGCAUCCAUCGAUCUCCCGAGGACUAGUGAUAUCUACUGUUGGUGGCCGAAAGCUAAUUGUUCAUGCUGAAUCAACUGAGGAGUUUGAUAAAUGGCUCGAUUCGAUUCGAAAAGCUGUGUCAGAAGAGAACGACCGAACAUUAGCAGUAAUGGCGACACCAACGGUGAAUAGUAUCAUGGACAGUAAUCGAUCGCCUGAGAACUCGAAAGUCUCGAUAAGUCACAGUGGUUGGCUGCAAAAGGAAGGCCAGCGAUUCAAGACUUGGAAACGGCGCUUCUUCACGUUGAAAAAUAGUGCUUUGAUCUAUUAUAGCGAGAUUGGCGGUGUAGCACGAGGGCAUGGCAUUGUAAAAGGUGCUCAUCAGGAUGAUACGAAGCCAAAGACUCUCGUGAUCACGUUUCGUAGUGACAAGACUAUGCGCGUGACAGCAGCAAGUGAAGCUGAGAUCAAGUCGUGGUUUCGAGUCUUUUCUCAGAUCGAUUUACUCAACAGUAAGAUGACUCGUGGAUGUUCUGAUGCGAGCGAUGAUGUUGUCGACUCCGAGGCAGAAGACGGUGAUGGAGAGAGUACAACACGAAUGAGUCGAUUCGACCCGAGCGAUUAUCUGAACGACACGAUCAGUAACGAUACUAUAUUGCGGCUACGUGACGAGAACGGGAAAGCGACAGUCUUGGAAUCAGACAACGAUACGGUCCUUAACACAUCCCGUACUUUCAUAGGUGAGCUAAUGUUUGAUGAAGAAGAAGAGGAGAAGGAAGACAUGAGUCUUACUAUCAAUGGUGAAGACUACUAUCGUGAAUUACUUGCUGAAGAUGUGCGAAUCCACAACCAACGUUUAGCAGAAAAGCUAGCAACUGGAGAACUACCAGUUACUGGAUGCACUCCAUGUUGUAAUCUAAUGUAA